AUGACGAACCAACGCAACUACACCGUGGAGUCUCAGGACGUUGAGGGCCAAGAGGAAAAAGCUGUGGCAAAAAGUAGUGGAGUAUUUUCAUCCAUCCUCUGUCGAAUUUCACAGUUUUGGCCAGUCAGUUUUACUAUGCGGGCUUUCCGUGGCUUAUGGUGGCUGUUUGGGUUCUCCACGCCAGUUAAGGCCAUCUCCCUACCUGUUGAGGAGAAAGGUUCCCCUAAAGAAAGACAUUGCAGAACAGUUCGGAAGCGUCUCCACAGGGCCACACGCCUGUUGUUGGCUGUACUGCCCCGACGCAUCCAGGGCGCUUUAGGUUAUCCAGUUUGCACCAGUAUUGGCUGUGCUGUGUCCCCAGAAGUGCGUUGUUCCCCUACCAAGCCCUGUGGCAAAGGGUGUAAAAGAAAGCAGGAUGACCUGGAUGAGGAAGAUGAGGCAGAGCAGCAGUCCUGGGUGGAGGCGCUCACUCAGGAGCUGGCUGAGGAGGACCAUGCAGUUGAUCCGGAUUAUGAGCCCAGCGUGGCUGAGACAGACAGUGAAGAAUAUCGGUCACACAAUGACACCGAGAGUGACUUGGAAAUCGAGAAGGGUGUUGUGGUGAUCAAAGAUCUGGAGACGAUAGGUACUCCAGAGGCCUAA